AUGUCAUCCCCAACCCACUAUGCUUGCCUUGAAUCCAAUAACAAUUCAAAGUUCAGAUUUGCCUAUCAUGAAACAUUCUCAUCCCAACAAUCUGGAAAAGUAUUCUUGAUUGAUUUUGAAAAUUCUGUCAAGUAUAUGAAUGAUAAUUGUCCUCUUGAUGUCAUCAAUACAAAGGUUUUUACUCAAUUGGUCAGUGGACUUGUUUCAGUCAAGAUUUCAGACGAAACUAAAGGAGUCAUUGAACUCACCAUUGGAACCAAAUGUUUGAAAUUGGAAAAGACUGAAAUUACAAGUCAAGAUUUCCUUCAAGAACAGGUUUACUUGUUGGAGAAGAAGUUUGAAAGAAUGCUCAAAGGUAAGUUGUCGGCAAUUCGAAUAAUUUUGUUGAUAACAACAAUUUAA